AUGGCGUCAGAAAUACCUGGACGUGAGGCAACGCCGGCGCUGAACUUUGGGCCGACACGCCAGCAGCACAAUGGUGCGAUUGGGAGUACAUCCGCAGCGGCAGACCCAAUCACGCUAGGGUUUGAGAAAUUGAAUUCCCGUUUUGAUAGUUUGGACCGUAGGGUGGAGAAUUUAGAACGACCGCCGGAACACCAUUUGGAUGGCCAUGAUUCUGAACUUGACGAGGACGAUCAUGAGUGGGAGGAUUACCGCCGACACGAUCGUCGGGUACGAGAGGCCCAUGACCGACCCUACCACCACAGAGGCCGAGGGCGUGGCAGGACAAACAGGGGUGGUCGUGGAGACCGUUUUGGUGAAGUUUUUUAUCCGAACCGUGGGGGACGGAACCGUCAGCGGCGUGGUGAUGCGGAGUUCAGGCAGGGUCGUCGUCGGGAUAACUGGGACCCCCCUCCCUAUAGGCAAGACGAUUGGGGUGACGAUGAUGGGUAUGAUGAGCGUGCCCUCACUUGUUGGGAUCCACCACUUCGGCGCAACCGUUACGAUCGCCCAUCCGAUGAUCAUUCGAAGGGCGUGAAAAUGGAUGCACCACAUUUUGAUGGCUCAGAUGCACCCAAUUGGAUUUCCCGAGUACAAUAUUAUUUUGAUCAUAAGCGUAUACCUGAGGCGGAGCGUCUACAUUAUGUUGUCAUGUUGUUUGACCCACCAGCUUCAGAGUGGAUUUUCAACUAUAGAGCCAACAAUGGGUUUGUUACUUGGCAUAAUUUUUUGGAGGAUGUCCGUUACCGCUUUGACCCACAAAGCUUUAGGAAUUACACAGGGUUGAUCGCUAAAUUGGUACAAACGACUACAGUGGCAGACUACCAUGCAACGUUCGAACGCUAUCUGAACCGAGUAGAGGACUUAACUGAGUCUGCUUUGAUCCCAAUCUUUGUCCAAGGGCACAAACAACCUUUACAAGAGAAGGUAGAGUUGCAGCAUCCCACAUCCUUGGCAGAGGCGAUGGCAUUGGCACUACGUCUGGCGGCGACUCAGGAGGAGCGCCAACAACAGCCAUCUUCUUUCUCCAGACGUCAUGGCUCAGGGAGGGAAUAUCGGACGAGUUCAGCCACGCUGCAGGGAACACCUGCCGUUCCUAGUGGUCCGCAUCACCAGGCUCAGCAACCGGAAGGACAGGGUCGUGGAGUAGACAGACCGCGGGUACAGCCGAUCCUGGUCUCUAAUGCGGAAAAAUCGGAAAGGUCUCGCCGUAACCUUUGUUGGCAUUGCCCUGAGAAGUGGGUACCGGGACAUGUCUGCAAGGUGAAACUUCUCUGUUAUAUUGAUGAUGACCUUGACGAGACACACAAGGAUGACUCGGGGGAAGGUUUUCCCACCGACGAAGUAAUCACAGCAGAUUUGUCACAUCUGCACGCGUUGGAUGGCAAGGGCAGCUCGAAACCUUUUAUGGUGCAGGGCAGCGUGGGGCAAACUGCCGUGCAGGUGUUAAUCGACACGGGCGCGACACUAGACUUCCUCCACCCAAGGAUUGCGGAGAAGUUACAGCUGGAGCUCACGCCUAUUCGACCGUUUCGUGUGCUUGUAGGUAACGGCGCUUCGUUGCUUUGUAAUCAUAUUUCUCGUGGGACAAAAUUAACUAUGCAGGGUACUUUAUUCUUGGUGGAUCUUCAUAUACUUGCACACCAUGGGCCGGACGUUAUAUUGGGGAUGAAAUGGCUAGAAUCAUUGGGGAAAAUUUCAGCGGAUUUUGUUGCGAAGACGUUGGAAUUUAAUAUGGACGGACAGGCAGUUUCGUUGCGAGGCAUGAUGCCGGGGCCCAAGCAAAUUUCUCUGCACUCUUUAUCUGUGUUGACAGCGAAUGCGGCAGAACAUGAAUUUUACGAGAUUGUGCCUUUCGACAGCAAUAUGGGGCUCACGGACAGCAGCACGCCGGAUGAUUUCCCGGCUGAUUUGCCAUCGGAGAUUUUGACUGUUUUGCAGGGCUACCGUUCAGUGUUUGACCAGCCGCGCGGCUUGCCCCCCUCGCGUAAUUUUGAUCAUCGGAUUCAUCUUUUGCCUACCACAAGACCAGUUAAUGUACGCCCAUAUAGAUACCCAUACUUUCAAAAGGCGGAAAUUGAGAAACAAGUGCGCGAUAUGUUGGAACAGGGGAUUAUUAGGCACAGUCAGAGCCCUUUCUCCUCUCCUGUCUUGUUGAUUCGUAAGAAAGACGGCACAUUCCGAUUUUGCAUCGACUAUCGCGCCCUAAACAAGGCGACUGUCCCAGAUCACUUUCCUAUCCCUACUGCCGAUGAAUUAUUUGACGAACUGGGUAAAGCAAAGUAUUUUACCAAGCUCGAUCUUCGCUCAGGAUACCAUCAACUCCGAAUGCAUGAGGCGGAUAUUUUUAAAACGGCUUUCAGAACUCACGAAGGCCAUUUUGAAUUUCUAGUAAUGCCGUUCGGUCUCACGAAUGCGCCCUCCACAUUCCAAGCAGCCAUGAAUGCUAUUUUCCGGCCAUUACUCCGUCAAUGUGUCAUUGUUUUCUUUGACGAUAUUCUAGUCUACAGCCCAACUCUUGAGUUACACGGGGAGCAUUUGGCGGCGGUUUUGGAGUUGCUCCGUUCGAAUAAUUUUUUUGUGAAGCUUUCUAAAUGCUCUUUUUGCAGUCUGACGGUGGAGUAUUUGGGACACUUAAUUUCAGAUGGGCAGCUCAAGGCGGACCCCUCAAAGUUAGAUGCGAUGACGGCUUGGCCUACGCCAAAAACCGUUAAACAGUUAAGGGGUUUCUUGGGACUGACAGGAUAUUACCGCAGAUUCGUCGAACGUUAUGCCAUGGUAGCCGCGCCUCUCACUGAUCUCCUGAAAAAAGAGGCUUUCGUGUGGUCCGAUGGGGCAGAGACCGCUUUUGUGACGUUGAAGAAAGCUAUGACUUCUGCCCCGGUAUUACGUCUUCCAGAUUUUGAAUUGCAGUUUUGCGUGGAAACUGACGCGUCGGACGUGGGCAUCGGCGCUGUAUUGAUGCAGAAAAAUCACCCUGUUGCAUUCUUUAGCAAAAAGUUGGGCCCCCGUCGCAGGGUCGCCUCGACAUAUCAUAAGGAGCUCUAUGCAAUUGUGGAAGCCGUGCAAAAGUGGCGCCAAUAUCUUUUGGGCAGAGAAUUCGUUAUUAGAACAGAUCAGAAAAGUCUCAAGGAGUUAUUACAACAAGUGAUUCAAACACCAGAUCAACAACUAUACGUCCGGAAGCUUAUGGGAUACAGGUUUGUGAUCGAAUAUAAGCGGGGAAUUACAAAUAAAGCUGCUGAUGCGUUGUCCCGUCAACAUGAAUCUGAGGGGACCCAGCCCGAGGGGGUGGUGCUGGAUGUUUCGUGCGAUGAGCAGCCGCCCGCAGCACAGGCCCAAGAUGGAGAGCAGUUUUUCGUUAUUGCGGCAAAACCAAUUCCGGACGUGAUGCGGCUGCUGCGGGACGAGACGGCGACGCUGCCCGAUCUGGUGGAAUUGGCGACUAAAAUCAGAGAGGGUAAGGCCCCUUCUCAUUUGGCGUGGGCAGACGGGUUGAUUUAUUUUAAUCGCAGAGUGUUGGUAAGCACGAAUUCCAGCGCAAAGCGACCCUUAUUGGAGGAACAUCAUAGUUCGCCGCUUGCGGGCCACCCUGGCCAUGAGAGGACGUUCCGUCUGUUAGCGGCUGGUUUCUUUUGGCCAAAGAUGCGUAAAGAUGUGAAAACUUUUGUGGAGGAAUGUGUGGUGUGUCAGUCCACGAAAUACUCAACUCGGAAACCGGCCGGGUUACUGCAACCUCUUCCAGUUCCGUCGCAGGUUUGGGAAGAUGUUUCUAUGGACUUCAUCACAGGAUUGCCUCAAUCCCGGGGAACAGGGGAUGUGGAUGGAGUUAAGCUGCCACCAGAAUUUGUGAAUGGCAGACCGGUGGUACGUCCGGUGGCUUUUGUGGAUGAGAGAGUUAGUUGGCGCGAGGGCAAGCCGGAGAAGCAGGUCCUCGUGCGGUGGGAAGAUGACGAAACCUUGCCGACUUGGGAGCCGUUGGAGGCAAUGGGCCAGAAAUUUCCAGAUAUUCACCUUGAGGUCAAGGCGAGCCUUAACGGAGGGGGGGUUGAUACGAGCAGCCCCGUAACAUCGGCUAUGGAGAAGGAGAGUAUGAGCGAGCAGGACGAGACAGAGGCUGACGUGGUGCCGGAGGCAAGAGUAACGGAGCACGGUAGAGGAACUGGAGACGCUACGAACACAAGGGUGUUGAGGCCGCGAGAAAAGCUGAAGCAGCCGAGCAAAUUCAAGAGCUGA